CCCCGGUCCGGGGUAAGUAGGGUGUGAGGCGGCAGCACCUGCUCGUGGUGGGUGACCGUGGGUGAGGUGGCCUCGCGGCCGUGCAGAACCGUAAGGCUCCCUUGGAGACUUGAAGCAUGGCGGUGAAUGCCAGUGUUGCGGUCUUUGGCUCUGCGGCUUUGGCGGUGGAGUACAUGGAUUCACUGUUGCCCGAGAAUCCUCUGCAAGCCCCCUUUAAAAAUGCGUGGAAUUACAUGCUGGAUAACUACACCAAGUUCCAGAUCGCCACGUGGGGGUCCCUGAUAGUUCAUGAAGCCCUUUAUUUUUUGUUCUCUUUGCCUGGAUUUUUAUUUCAAUUUUUACCUUUUAUGAAAAAAUAUAAAAUUCAAAAGGAUAAACCAGAAACAUUCAAAGGCCAAUGGAAAUGCUUUAAAGUACUUGUCUUUAACCACUUCUGUAUCCAGCUGCCCCUGAUUUGUGGAACCUAUUAUUUUACAGAAUAUUUCAACAUUCCUUAUGGUUGGCAAGAAAUGCCAAGAUGGUAUAUGAUCUUGGCAAGGUGCUUUGGCUGUGCAGUCAUUGAAGAUACUUGGCAUUACUUCCUACACAGGCUCCUACAUCACAAAAAGAUAUACAAAUACAUUCAUAAGGUUCACCAUGAAUUUCAGUGCAGUGGCUAUGAUAUUCCUCUCAACCCACUCCACCUCAUCCCGUUCUACACGGGCUCCCGGCACCACGAUUUCCACCAUAUGAACUUCAUCGGAAAUUACGCGUCCACGUUUACCUGGUGGGAUUCCAUCUUCGGAACUGACGCUCAGUAUAACGCCUAUAAUGAAAAGAUGAAGUCUAGGAAGAAGAUGGAAUAACUCUUUUCUCAAGCCUUACCAAAGACACACAUUCCCCUGAAUUGAAGCUAGUAGCUAACAUUGCUUCUGGAGAGCAGAAAUCAGCAUGUGUCUUGGCUGCUAAGUGAUAGGGAACAUUAACCACCUUCAAUUGUCUUCCUGGGGCCUUUCCUACUUCUACGAGGUCUGUAUGUGUAGGAGUCCAUUUAAGUACGGUUUUUGUGAGGGAGUCUUAAAGGCCGUGCUUCUAACCUUACAAAAGGUUUGAAGCAAUGGAAAAAGUAUUUAUCUGUCUUUUCCCCAGUACUGCCAAAGGCCUGAGAUUGGCAUUAGUCCUUAAAUCUUCUAGAUAUGUAUGCACUGGUCAUUUUGGAAAACUGGCAGUAAUUACAUUGGCCUUUUAUUUGGCCUUAAACAUUUUUACAAUUUGCCUAAAACAAAAAUAUCAUGAAUUAAACCCCAUCAGCCAAUUCAGUGGGUGAUUGGAGCUAUGAGGUCAGGAAUCACCAAUACCAAAACCUUCCACUCGUGUCUGGAGCUGACCGAAUGAAAGUUGGGAUGACCCUCUCUGGAGAGUCAUUUUCAGGUACACCACUGGCAUCUACAAAUUCAAGAUUUCUGACUUAAUAAAAAUGUAUUUUAGUCUAAAAGUUUUUCAGACUUGAUUUUUUUUUUUUUUGUAAUUAAGGUGCUUUUCUGCUAUUUGCCCUUUCAUUUUUGUAUAUCAGGUUUUCAUUAAAACUUAGAGCUAGAACUUGAGCAUUUGUGAACUGGUGUCCUGUGUUUGCACUUUGAGCUCUUGAAAUAAAUGUGAUUUUUGUCUAUCUGAUUUCCAGUUUUGAAACGUAAGCUUGUCAUGUUUUAUUCUUAUAAGGAAAAAUGCAGGUCAUUAAAUUAUUCUAUAAAAGGAA